UCUGCGAGAUAUGGGCAUACAAUGGUAGCUUACACACAAAAUACUUUGCUAAUGUUUGGUGGAACCCUGGCAGAUGGAACUAUAUCCAAUGAACUGUGGAGUUUCAUUGUGACAGUCAACACAGGUACAUGGCAAAGACAAGCUACUACAGGUAAUCUACAGAUGCCUGGUUUGACUGAUCAUACAGCAUGUAUCGUGGAUGACAGAUAUCUUUAUAUCUACGGAGGUCGUUCUGAAUCCGUCAAUUUCAUGUCUAAAAUGUACCGAUAUGACUUUACAAAUUAUCACUGGGAAGAAGUUAAUUAUCGUGGAGGAACAAUAUCAGAUCUACGGGUGUCUGGGCAUUCUAUGGUUUAUCAUCCUGAAUCUAGAUCGCUCAUAGUAUUCGGUGGAUUCAAGCCUCGCUAUUCAAGGCGAGUUUGUUACCAUCCUUAAAGCGAGAGGGUUGUCACCUGCGCACAUGCGGGAAUUGAGUCUCAAGCGAUGAUAACAACACACGCUAAAAUCGCAAAGGCUCAUGGGUAGACGCUUGUUUGUAAAGAAUAACAAGCUAUGGCCAUCUGACGCAUGCGCAUGUGAUGACUCCCCUGCUUUAAUGUAAACAAACCAACAUUUAUGAAAAUUAGAUUAACACAUGUUCCAGGGCUACAGAUGCUUCUUUCAGGGCUACAUAUGCUUCUUUCAGGUAUGGCAUGUAAACAAUUCAUAAUUUUAUGAACAUUAGAUUAACACAUGUUCCAGGGC